AUGGUUACAAAUUACUUGUCUAAUAUCCUGUCUUCUAUCAAAUCCAAAGCCAAGACUCAGGAAUCUGUUCAAGGCUCGCUCUCUUCAUCAGCAUUAAAAAUAAUUUCCCACAUAAAACAAGCCUCGAUCCCUUUUUCCAAAUCCCCAGAUGAUCUCCAAACAGUUAUCAAUAAUCUUCUUACUUUCCCCAUCCAUUACAAACAAAGCAUUGGAAAAAUCACAAUUUUUGCCUAAAAACUCGCCCUCCUUAAGCAAAUAAAUUUUUUUAUGAAAAAAAAUUUGAUAAUUAGUAUAAUGAAAUCUCUCUAUUUAUUGUUAAACAGAUUGCAUUUAAAAGUAUAAAUUUUACAAAAAAUAUAUCAUUUCCAAUUUUUGCCAACUUAAAUAUCGAAAAAAAAAUUUACUAUAAAAUAAUUUAAAAAAAUAAAAUUAGCACUCUCACGGAGGAGUAUUUAGCAAGAUAAAUUCGAGUAAUGUUGACGAAAACGUAAGACAAGCGAAACUGAAAGAAAUAAAAAAGCAAAAAGAAUUAUUAGAAGCUAAGUUGUCAAGCAUCGAAGAGUCCAUAAGCACACUUGAUAAUAUAGGUUCUAUUCAGAACGAAAACAAGCUUAAUAAGCCGAACCUUCAAAAUGCUAGAACUCGGCAAGAGUAUCUCGAAAACGAAAGAAAAAAAGCUGAAGAAGCUGCCCAAAAAAUAAAGGCCUAUUACAAAGAGCAAAAAGAACGAGCCAAAAAAAAGCAGCAAGAGCAAUCAAAACUUAUGAUGAUUCUCGAAGAAGAAAGUGAAGCCAAAAAGCAAGAAAUGGAAGAGCUCAAAGCCAAAAAAGAACAAGAAUACUACGAAAAACUCGAAAAAAUGAAAGAACUCAAAGCAAAGCGUCAACAAGAAAUUGACGAAAUUCGCCGCAGAAAUAAUGACUACGAAUCAAUCAAAGGUGUCAAGCCUCUCUACGUAAAACUCGAAGAAAAAUUUAAAUGCGAAUACGAACUCCCAGAGCUUGAAAAACGAAAAAGUGAGCUUGCCAAGCGGAAACUUGUAAACCGAUCAAUAAAUCAGGAAAAAAUAAUUGAGCAUAUGAAAUGAUACGAUGUACUGAGAGAUGAGCAUACAAAAAGAAACGAAGAAGCCUUAAAUUCAAGAAAAAUCGAAAAUAAAGUAAGAAGCUCAUCAUGCACGUGGAAUGCGAAAAUUCUUGAGCAGGAAAAACAGCUAAAAGAAGCCCAAAAUGCAGCAAAUAUAGAAAGGCUACAAAAAAUUGAAAAAAGAUUGAGGUAUGCAGAGUUGAUUAAAGAAAUGUUUAUGCCGACAGUCGAUAAAACAAAGCAGCUAGAGCUACAGGAAAGGCUGGAAAAAAUGAAAAACCCAGCAAGGCAUCAUAGAAUUUUGUCAGAAAUCAAUCAGAGAUCUGAGUCGUUUGUAGAGUUAGAGAAAAAGAAAAUAAAGCCGAGAAAAAUACAGUCACAGUCAAAGACUGUGGAAACUCCAAAAGUUGCUAAAAAAAUUAUCCAUUUUUGUGUAAAUAAAACAGAAAAAAAAAUUUAAUUUAUUAAAAAUCGUAUAAGAGAUUAUAAGGGUAAUUAUUUAGAAGAAAAAAGAAAAUUAAGAGAAGAAAACGAAAAAAAUAUGCCUGUUGAAGAAAUAAAGGCAAACUGAGACGAUGUGCUCAGUAUGAGUGUUUCAGACACAGAAAAAGUGAAAAUCAUAUCAGAAAAAGUUUCGAAGCUUGAAAAACAAGCAAUUUUGAAAGAGCAUUUGGUAUCUUCUACGAAUCCGAUGAAUAUUAAAGCUCUUGCUCAGCAAGAAAAUAUCGAUAAUUUACUUGUGGGGUCAAUAAAGGCCAAACUUGCUGUAUUUAGCCAUGCUGUGAAUAAAUCAGUCACAAGUGAUUAA